GGAACUCCCCUGAUGAAGACCGUCAUAUAAGGGGGAUGGUUUCGCAGUGCAAUAUGCCGUUUCGUUCCGGACGAUGGGAUUAGAAGAUGGGGCGAGGCCGUCAUGGCCUGGGCCGCAUAGAUAACGUCAACCUUACCGCCCGGCAACGGUGCGGCAUUCAUCACGGAGCAGAGAGGCUUCGGGGAGGAGACAGGAGCACUUUACCCGAAAGGCAGAAUUGAAAUGGGCGAGUGGGGCAAUGGACUGAUAAAAAGGGGUGUGCCCCAACCCAAAACCUCGUCUACUCGGCUCGACUUUGCUCUCUUGACAAACAUGGUCCAGUCAGACGUCGCUUCACACCGUUACGACGGACCCUCGGCUACUGCGACUUUCUUCAAAAGCGCCUUUAAGUUCAAGGGCCUUCGAAAGGCCAAGUCGUCUUACCUUGGCGAUGAGAAGCUUGCCACGCGGUACCCUCCUCAGAUGGCUCCAAUGCCUGAGCUUCAACCGUCGCCAGCCGUGAGGCCCUUGCAGCACAAACCCUCUGCACGAGGUGAUUUGUUCCAGAAGUUUGGUUCGAGUUUGAAGUCCUUCUUCAGGCCGAAGGUAGAGCACACGAGGCCUCUGGAGAAGAACUUUGUGCCCCAUGCCGCGGCAGUUCGGGGGUCCGAGAGUAGGAUGGCGAUGCAAGACAAGAAGAAGGAGAUGGUCGCGCCAGAGGACUGCGAAAACAUGAAUUGGGCAUCUUACAUCAAGGCCUACGCGAAUGGUUUCAUCAGUACUUCUUCGCCUCAUCACCCCGCCACGGUGCCGAAGGGUUACGAUGGUUAUCUCAAAGGUACCGUUGUUGUGCCCGCCAAUGACAAGGACCGUGUCGCGACUCUUCGUUCUUAUGCAAUUAUCCCGCACGAAGGUGACCCCGCCGUCGCCGUUCAGCCCGAUGAUUCUGAUAAUUCAGGACCACCUUCGCCGACCUCCUCCAGGGGUUUGCAACCACCUCCUGGAGCGAAGUCUCCAACCACCAGCGUCUCUUCGGCUAAGAAGAAGCCCAAGCAGUCGCUCACCAAGUUUCAGCAAAUCGUUACCGCCUGUCGGCGUGAAUUUGCUGCGAAGACUGUCCUCAUCAGUUUAGUCGACGAAAAGAAGCUCUUCUUCAAGUGCGAGCUUGGACUUGGAGUGCCUACCGCAGGGCGCGAUGUAGCUUUCUGCGGCCACACGAUUCUCUCUCACGAACCGAUGGUUGUGCCGGACAUGACCCAAGAUUGGCGAAUGUGUGGAAAUCCCUUGGUUACGGGACCUGCUUCGUUCCGAGCGUAUGCCGGAGCACCCAUCAUCACACCGGAUGGAUAUGCUAUUGGUACUGUUUGUGUGUUGGACACGAAGCCUCGUCAUGAUUAUGGGCCCAAGGAGGUUGCAAGCUUCAGAACGAGAUGAAAGAGAAUCUAGACGCGUUCCAUGGAAGGUCGAGUCCUGUCGUUGGACGCCCUAACAGGCUUGGCGCGUUGAACGGUGCCAGUGUUGUUGCGAGGAGGGA